AUGGAAGUCGGCGGUGUCGCCGUCAUGCGCCGUCGCAGUGAUGGCUGGCUCAAUGCGACACAGAUAUUGAAGGUUGCGGGCGUUGAUAAAGGCAAGCGCACGAAAGUGCUCGAAAAAGAAAUCCUCACCGGAGAGCACGAAAAGGUACAGGGUGGAUACGGCAAAUACCAAGGUACCUGGAUCAGCUACCUCCGAGGUCGAGAGUUCUGUCGCCAGUAUGGGGUUGAGGAUAUUCUGCGUCCGUUACUGGAAUACGACGUCAGCGCAGAUGGCACCAGUGGACGAGGCCAGCAUGAGACACCUACCAAGGAGCAAGCCAUGGCUGCUCAGCGCAAGAAAUUCUACACCAAUGCGAGCCUGGAUCCGCGCCAGAAUGGCAUGCCGACAUCGAAUGGGACUUUCUUCUCCAACAUCUCGCCGACGACAUCGGUGGCUCUGGCUGCCAUGAACAAGGCAGCUCGCUUGAACUCACCAGCACCCAGGAAUGGGAACACCCCGAAACCCGCUAAUAUGCGGAGACCAUCGCAGCAGGAUGGUUACGGUGGCGGUAGCCAACAGAGUAUGGUGUCUGAUAUCGAUGCCAAGACCGCCGACUCUGGGUACAACACUCAAGCGAAUGGUGAACCACCGAGGAAGCGCAUGAGACCAGAUAGUCAGGAAGGCAUGGGCCCACCCGUCCUACCACUUGACGCUUCGAUGCGCUCUGCAACCCCGACAGAACCGAAUGAGAGCUUUCUUUACGAUAAUGCCUUGAUGCAGGAGUCCGUGAACGCAUAUGGAGAGCCAAUCGCUCUGCCACCGUUGCCAAGCCCUUCCACAGAGGAACGGCAAGAGAAGAUGAACUUGAUCCUGGACUUGUUCGCGGAGCAGAGUAGAACUGACUACGCUUCUCAUCGAGCUUUGCAAGAGCUCUCGAACGAAGAUCUGAACAUGCCGCUUGAUGCUUCAGCUAAUAAUGCCCUCCACUGGGCCGCCACAUUGGCCAAAGUCCCGCUCUUGAAACUCUUGAUACAGAAAGGAGCAAGUGUAUGGCGCGGAAACGCUGCCGGACAGUCGCCACUGAUCAGUGCUGUCUCGGUCAACAACUGCUGGGAGCAUUCGUGCUUCCCUGAAGUCCUGGAGCUACUAGGCCCACUCAUUGAGGUUCGCGAUCUGCAAGGCCGGACAAUUCUACACCACAUUGCCGUCUCCUCAGGAAUCAAAGGUCGUGCGGCGAGCAGCAAGUACUACCUGGAGGCACUGCUCGAGUUUUUGGUCAGGAUAGGGACCCAACCAAACAGCUCGGCUGCCCAGAACGUUGCCGCCGCAACAGCCCACAUGCAUCAAGCGUCACAGCAGACAAAUGGCGAUUCCUCCAGUCAAGACACGAAUGACGUCUCGCUCGCGCAAGCACGAGGACCCGUCAAUCUAUCUCGCUUCUUGUCGCAUAUUGUCAACGCCAGAGAUAAGGCUGGUAAUACUGCUCUCAACCUCGUGGCCAGGAUAGGCAACCGAAGCAUCAUACAACAACUACUCGAGAUCCACGCUGAUCCGAGUCUGCCCAACAACAAAGGCGUCUGCGCAAAAGACUUUGGCGUUGGCGUUGCUGAAGGAGAGUACCCUUAUCCGAAGGGUGGCCUCGCCAGCCAACAGUCGAUGCUAAAUCCACCUCCAUAUCCAAGUGCACAUCUCCAGUCCACUCCGGAUGGCGAGGCUGCUGAAGGUGCAUCCUUGAGCCAUGCGGAGGACAUUGGGCAAGAAGUCAUUGCGUCUAUGACAUCCAUGCUUACGCAAAAUCUUGCCUCUCACAAAGAGCUUUUGCGAACACGUACCGAACAGAUUGAUAAGCUCAACGAGCAGAUUCGUGAGCUGAGUACGAUGCAGAAGCAGGAUCUGGAAACGCUGCAGGAAAUGCGAGAACGAGUUCGACUUCGCGAAGAAAGGAAGCAGAAAGUCGCAAAUCUCAAACGGGAGAUUGAGAAGAAAAAAGCCGCUAGCAAGAAGGCCCAAGGGCGUCGUGUGAAUGCGAAAUCUGCAAAUGUGGAACUAAAGCCCAGCUGGUUGGACGAGAUUACCGGUGAUAUGUCGAACCUGGACACUUCGAACGGUCAACAAAAGCAGCUGGCAGUGGAGAGGCUACCCAGCGCGAGCACUCUACAGGCACGGCUGAACGCUUAUCAAACGAGCAAUGGCAAGCUCGAGCAAGACGCAAACCAACUGCGAAGUCGAUCAAUCGAGCUCGAGGCUCUGUAUCGCAAAGUGGUGUCUUUGUGCACCGGUGUUGCAGAAGACAAGGUCGAAGAGAGCUUACCAGGCUUGGUCGCGGCCAUUGAAAGUGAAAAAGGCGGUAUUGGUGAACAAGAAGUUGGACGUGUGCGAGAGUUUCUCAGGAGAGUCGAUGGAUCCCGAGUGGAGCCAUCUUCGCAGUCUUCUGGGCCUAUGCUGCAAGUCAACCCGACUGUGGUGGCUGCGGCGGAGAGAGCUGCUGCUGAGCGUGCGCAGAUGAGGGCGUGA